AUGGAACCAGACGCGAACCUGGCUUUCAACAAGGAGCCUGAGAGCAACCUGGCAAGCACCAAGACUGACGCCAACCCCGUUGUCGCCAUGGGCACUGAUGAUGCUAACUCGGUUGCCGCCACAAAGACUGACCCCAGCCUGACUACUGGCACUGAAUCUGAGACCAACCCGGCUGAUGCGGAGUCUGAGCAAAACCCAGUGGCAAACAUGUCUGACGAUGAAAAGCAUCGUUAUUUCAUGAAGGAGGCCCUACUUAUGGGAGAAAAAGCCCUUGCCGCUGGCGAAACCCCAGUUGGAUGCGUCCUGGUCCACGAUGAUAAGAUCAUCGGCUAUGGCAUGAACGCCACCAAUCGAACCAUGAAUGGAUCGCGCCAUGCCGAGUUUCUUGCCCUCAACCAGGCAUGCCGGAAGUAUCGCCGAGCCAUCCUCAGGGAGACGGAUCUCUACGUUACCGUGGAGCCAUGCAUCAUGUGCGCUUCAGCCCUCAGACAGUUCCAUAUCCGAAGCGUUUAUUACGGUGCUGUCAAUGAUCGUUUCGGGGGCUGCGGUGGCAUCCUGGGCAUCCACGCUGAUUCUUCGAUCGAUGCGCCCUACCCAGUGGUCGGCGGGAUCUUCAGAGAUGAGGCAGUUGCGCUGCUCCGUCGCUUCUACGAGCAGAAUAACGAUCGAGCCCCCAAUCCACGAAUCAAAAAGGGCCGUGGACAGCAAUCUGGCGGUAAUGGAGAGAAUGAGGAUGGUGGCAAGGAUGAUGGAGAUGAUUCCAUGUCUGUUCUUGGUUGA